CCGCCACCUAGUGUCGGACAAGCGACCGUCCGUAAGCGGAACUACAACUACCAGUGUGCGUUGCUUCCGCACGUCGGUUUUUACGUAAUGGACAGCUCCCCGGAUGCGGCUGUGAUUGACUAUACCAGGCAAAAAGAGAUCGAAAGCCAAGUGGCGGUGCUGCAGCCCCAGUGGUCGUAGGCAGGAUGCAGACCAUUAAGUGUGUGGUUGUGGGUGACGGGGCGGUGGGUAAAACCUGUCUGCUCAUCUCGUACACCACCAACGCCUUCCCCGAAGAGUACAUCCCGACGGUGUUCGACAACUACAGCGCUCAGAUGAGCGUGGAUGGCCGCACUGUCAGCCUCAAUCUGUGGGACACAGCCGGCCAAGAGGAGUACGACCGCCUGCGCACCCUCUCCUACCCCCAGACCAACGUUUUCAUCAUCUGCUUUUCCAUCGGCAGCCCCUCCUCCCACGCCAACGUGAGGCACAAGUGGCACCCAGAGGUGUCCCACCACUGCCCCAACGUGCCCAUCCUGCUCGUGGGCACCAAGAAGGACCUGAGGGGUGAUGCAGAGACGGUGAAGAAGCUGAAGGAGCAGGGCCUGGCCCCCACCACCCAGCAGCAGGGCAACGCCCUGGCCAAGCAGAUCGGGGCUGUAAAAUACAUGGAGUGUUCUGCCCUGCAGCAGGAUGGCGUCAGGGAGGUGUUUGCUGACGCUGUGAGGGCAGUGUUGUAUCCAGUCACGAAAAAGAACCCCAAGAAGUGUGUGCUGUUGUAAUAAAUGGUCCCCACUUUUGGACUGCGCAGAGAGAUGAUGGAGAUCCACGGAUGCAAAGGAAGGCUGAGGAACCAAGGGCGUCACCCGUCUGCCUCCGUACCACUUCCAGCAGUUCAGACUUAGUUUUCUUCCUCUGUUACUGCUCUCUUCCUUAUUCAUAUCCUGGAGGAUUUCUCUCCGUUGCCAUCAUCACCAAAGUGACUAUGCCAAAAUGGGCGCGACAGACUGAAUCUCCUCUAUUUUUCUUACUUUUUAACUUUUUAUAUUUACACUUUUUCCAAUUUUACACCUGUUCUAGAUUUAUAGCUUCUCUGCUUUGCUUUAUGAAAUGCUGAUCGUGGUUGUAACAAGCCAUAAUAACAUCCAGACCAACCAACCAAGCUACCCUGUUUGACUGGAGAGAAGAGAUCUGCCUUCGUUCAGGUGGAGAAAUAAUGACUACCUCAUAAUCUCGCCUAGGUUGCAUCUCACGAGUCUCGAGUGGCGUCGCCAUCAAAAUGUUUUGACUUGCCUAUUUAGAUGUAAUAAACAGACAAGUAGAGGGUUAACACGUUUUAAUUUCAAGCAGCCUGAGUCCAGACAAGGUGCGAUGACUCCUGGACGAAUGUCAGUACCCCUUAACCAAUAUGCACAGAUUAGAGGUUCACCUCUUGAGCUGCGGUUCCCCCUCUUUGCUCAGUCUGGCAUGUUCCUGCUGUCUGGUCUUUCGCACGGCUCACUCACUGUCACGCACGGAAGAGCCAGUAAGGCCUUCGAUGAUAAACCGGACCAUUAGAAGCAGCCGACCAUUUUCCCUCUUAAGUAAUCGAGGAGCAGGUGUCAUAAGGCCUCUGCCAAAUUAACCCACACCGGUACUUGAUUUAUUGGCCUGACCUCACCAGGAAGUCAGGUUGUAGUACAGCUCCCCUCUGUCUUCGUCUUAACUCUUGAAGCUCACACGAGUGCCAUUAAAAGCACGCCUAAGAAUUUCUCUUUGACAGGGUGGUGUCAAAGAGACUUUAUUUUGUCUAAUUAUGUUGAAUUUACUCUGUAAAUGAUUUUUUUUCUUCCUCUCAAAUGUUUUUAACCUACGAGUGUGGUAACGGCCAAAGUUGAAUAUAUUUUUUUUGUUAUAGCCUUUGUUUAUUUGAUCAGUAAGACUUUUGUAAUUAAUACUCAGAUUUGAUAAAACACAACUUUCCAGUUACAUUAUUGCCUUACAUUUAAGGUCAGCAGACCGUCACCACUGCAUUAUUGAUUUAGUUUAGCAUAUAAUACCAGAAUGUCUUUUAACUGGCGUAUGCUAGGCUAUAUACUUCUUUUCCUACAUUGCCUUGGUUAGGUGAAUGUCAUUGCAUUUUGGAAAAAUCAGUUUCAUAGCUGCCUUGUUAACCAUGUAACAGCAGUAUAUCCACAGUAUAGAAGGAGCCUUUUAUUUGGUCAGGUGCCUUAUCUAAACCAAAGACCAUAGCAUUGCUCCUUCGUUGAACCCAACGAUACCUAUUUAAAUACAGGUCCAACCGACUCUGGGUUUCAUUUAUGUAACAUUUCAAAAGCUUUCUGCCUUAGUUCCUUCUUGCGGCACUCUCUGUAAGACACAGGUGCUAAACUGACAUCUCGCACAGCAAGUCUUUGUGCAUUUUUUUGAAACGGAGCGCUCACGGCCCACAUCCCUUAACAGAUUUUGGUUUACAUCCCUGCAUUGCACGGUGCAGUGGGGGCGAGGCAAAAGCACAACUUGCACAUACGGUUAGCCUGAGCUGCGUAGGUGGAACGUGCCUUGUCACAUCUGAGGACUUUUUUAUACACUUUAUAAAAAAAAUAUUUUUUUUUAGUAAUGAUUGGUUGCUCAUUUCUGCUUAAAGCUGCCAGUAAUACAAGCAGCCCUUUUUUAAAAAGUUAUUUUCAUCUACUCACUCGAGCGGGGUGUAUUAUAAGUCAACCUCAGCUCGUGGCCUGUGUAAAGUCUAGAAUAACCGGAGCGCAACCAAGUGGGAGGUUUUGUGUGACAACGGUAUAGCAGUUUGAGAUCUGCCUGAAGAUGUGUGAAAAUUUCCCAGAUUGGUGUGUGGAGGGUUGAAUGUAAGUGCACAAUUUGUCAAAACUGUCAACUGUGGUGAGCUCGUUUUUUUUUUUGCCAUGUCCCGAUUUCACUCAGAGAACGCUGUUGAAGUGGAACGUACACCUGUGGGCUCUGUAUGUCUGUGUCCCGGAGCUGUAUGCUACCGUGUGCGUGGUACUGCGCUUUUACACUGGGAACUUGAUUUGUAGAAAACUGUUUGUAAUUGUUUUAUAUAUAACAAAAGCAUAUUUGUAUAAAUGAACUAACAGUGAGAUGAUUUUAAAUUAUGCCAAAUAAAAUGGUGGUUAAAACCACUUUUCCCUUC